AUGACGAUGGAGUCGGCUGGUCCCGUCACUAAAAUUCAUGACAGGAUGCCGGUCCUAUUAACUCCCGAGUGUGCAGCGGAAUGGAUAGAUCGAUCGAGGGCAUCAGACACUGCAUUAUUGCGCAAGAUAGCAGAGGUCGCUCGUGAAACAGCCAAGCAGAGUGUUACAGCAUACGAGGUCCCAACACUGGCCAACAACAUACGGAAUGAUGUUCGGGAUUGUCUACUUCCACUAUCAGCAUGGAAAAAGAAACAAUUCGACAAUGGGCUAGGUAGAUUCUUCAAGAAGGCUGCCAAGAAACAGGAAACCGAGGCUCCUGAACGGCAGCCUGAUGAUGCGAAAGACCCGCCAGCCAAAAAGAGAAAGGCUGAAUAA